CUUACUCCAGUCAGUCCGCUUCUCAGGGAGGCUUAAGCCUGUCAUUGCUGCAGAGAUGACACUGAGCGGGCAGCGCUAACAGGAAGCGGGAGCUUUGGGGCAGAGUUGAAGUGGGCAGACAGGAAAUAUGUUUAAGCUGUAGUCAAGGAUCUGACUGAGCCAGUACAGUUUCAGAUUGUGUCAGGAAGUGACAUUGGCAGAAAGAUCACAACAACAACAACAACUUUUGUAUCAGCAUUGAGUUUCAGACCAUCAUUUUCAGAAGAGAUUUGUCAGAAGAAGAAAAAAAAAAGGCUGAAAUAUUCUCUUCAUUGCAAAACACUUGACUGAUUCCCAGAGGAUUCUGCUUCUGAAUUUAGAAGGACCCUCUAGGAGCUGAAGAAUUCUUACCAGAAUUUUGACAUCUGGAACACAAUCAACGGAUAGAGAAUGUGGGCACUGGGUUAAGUUCUUCCACAGCCUGGAAGACACAGCCUCGGACGUAACCUGAGAAAGGAGCUGCAUCAGAGUGCACAUAUAAACUGGAAUGUUACCAUGGAAGGACAGCAUCGACUAGAAGACCAAAACAGCCCUAUGUGCAAAGUCCAGGGGCAGGAAUACCAGCACGACGGCCAAAGACACAUGACUUCCUAUCCCUACCGGUGCAAUUUGGCAGACUUCAAGAUAGAGAAGAAGAUCGGACGGGGGCAAUUCAGUGAGGUCUACAGAGCCACCUGCCACUUGGACAGAAAGCCUGUGGCCCUGAAAAAAGUUCAGAUAUUUGAAAUGAUGGAUGCCAAAGCUAGACAAGACUGUAUUAAAGAAAUUGAUCUCUUAAAGCAACUGAACCAUCCAAAUGUGAUCAAGUAUUUGGAUUCCUUUAUUGAAGACAAUGAGUUGAACAUUGUUCUGGAGCUUGCAGAUGCCGGAGACCUCUCCCAGAUGAUUAAAUACUUUAAAAAGCAGAAGAGGUUAAUUCCAGAGAGGACAGUGUGGAAAUACUUUGUGCAGUUAUGCAGCGCUGUGGAACACAUGCAUUCCCGUAGAAUCAUGCACAGAGACAUUAAGCCUGCUAACGUGUUUAUAACAGCCACAGGGGUGGUGAAACUGGGAGACCUUGGGCUAGGGCGAUUCUUCAGCUCCAAAACCACCGCGGCACAUUCCUUGGUGGGAACACCAUAUUACAUGUCCCCAGAAAGAAUCCAUGAAAAUGGCUACAACUUCAAGUCCGAUAUCUGGUCCUUAGGGUGUCUGCUGUAUGAAAUGGCAGCUUUACAGAGUCCUUUCUAUGGAGACAAAAUGAGCUUGUUUUCCCUGUGUCAGAAGAUUGAGCAGUGCGACUACCCCCCUCUGCCCAAAGAACACUACUCGGAGAAGCUACGAGAGUUGGUCAGCAUGUGUAUUUACCCAGACCCAGACCAAAGGCCAGACAUUGGCUACGUUCACCAGAUAGCAAAACAGAUGCACGUGUGGACCUCCAGCACAUGAAGAUGCGAGGACGGACCCUGAUGAAGCCCAGGCAGCCCCGCCUCACUUGAUUACGUCUCUUCCGAGAAGUAGAGGCCAAUGGAGCUUUGGGAAGAGCCCAAGUCAUUUGAUAACCGCGCCUAGUAUUGUGUAAACCAGGCUCGUGGUCCAGGCGCCAAGGCCACAACUCCAGGAGGCAACGCAUUUAAAACUGAUUUUAGAUGUCAUGUUACAAGUUGUAGAUUCUCUGAAACAAGCUGUGUGUAAUGUAGACUAGAGCAGAAUGAAACACGGUGCCUUACAGCAUCCGAAAUAGAAUUCUAAUGUGAAUAUUGAAAUAAUUCCUCUGGUGAACUUGUGUUUGUAUGUCCUUAGUUUACUGUGUUAUAAUAGCGCAAAGGAAACGCAUCGGAUCAAUUGCUUUCCUUUCUCUCUCGAUGUGCCAAUCAUUUAUGGAAUAACAUGUUUAUUAUUGUUCAAUGUGUUUGUCAAUGUUUAAGAAAAAAAAAAUAAGUUGAACUUUGGAAAUUUUUAUAUUUUUUUGUUUGUUUAAAAGGGAAGAUGAACAGCGAAGAGAACAGUGCUCACCUCACUAGGGAGGGAGAUUCUUUUAUAUAAGGAAAUUCUGGCCGUACCGUGGCAAAGUCACAAUGGCACCGGCUGUAUUUAGGAGAGACUCGCUUCUAGCUGCAAGCAAAGGAAUACUUUCAGAAUGGAUUGUGUCUGACUGCAAUAAAGCAAAUGCAGCGUUAUCUUCUGUGCAGCGUGAAUACCCUACCUUUUCAUUCGAACUGUGAAUACUUAGCAAAUGUGAAGGAUGAACAGAACUGUUUCUAGUACAGGAGGCUGCGGCGCCAUUGGGAGCGCUGGAGAGUCGCUCUAACAUUAUAUUCAGACUUGCUGUUACAGUAUCUGCUUCGUAUGUUUUUAACGCAGCUGUCUCGGAAAAAAAAUAAAGUGUUCUUUGUGGUUGCUUUUGAAAAAAAAAAAAAUUCUUUGCAAAUAAAUGAUUUCUCCAUA